AUGGAUUCUGAAUUCCCACUCGUUUUCGACAAAUCGAAUCGAUACAACCAUUCAUUACUAAUGAAACUGUCCGAAGCAGUAAAAUCUAUUUAGGAAAUAAAAAACAGUGAACUAACUGCCGCAUGCUUAGCUAGAGAUUCUGAGAUUUUGAGGCUGGAAAAUAAAAUUUAUGAAUUAUCCUCUACUCUCAGAAAUUCAGAGCACCAGAAGUCUUCUCAAUUAAUUUCAAUAUUGACUCAAACUGAAGAACUACCCAACGUUCCGAAAAAUGAAAACAUAGAAAAUUUCGAGAACGAAAAGAAAUCGCUUUUAUUAAAGAUAAAAAACUUAGAAAAAUCACUUGAGAAUUCUGAAUCCAAGUGCACAGAAUUAGAGGGGCAUUUAAAAUCAAAAGAAAAAGAAAUUUUAAAAUUAAAAGUGCAAAUCAAAGAGCAAGAUUCAACUAAUGAGUCUAUGUCUUUUAUCAAAGGGAACUAUACAGAUAGAUCUAUGAGAAAUAAUAAUGAUUUCAAAGAUGGGGCCUCGCCAAGGUCGUUUUCACAUGAAAUCAAGGGGAAAUCAAAAAGCUCAAAAAAAUUAUCAGUGCCAAAAUUGUCUCUUAUAACAAUUAUCAAUGCAAAUAAUUCAAAUAUUAAUGUGCUUAAAGAAUCACCAGCUAGUGAAAGAAAGCAGGCAUACUAUUCCUCAAUUUAUAAAACUAUGAGAAAUUCACCAGUGAAAUGCUUACAAAAGAAUUUUCUAAGCAAUUUCUCAUAA